ACAUUCAGGCUGAAUCUGAGUUUAUGGAGGGACGUGUGCGUCUGUUUAUCUCUGUGAAGGAGGAAGGAAAAGCACAUCUCAUCUGUCUGAAGAAGCAGCGGCGGUAUUUCUCCUCAUGUCAAGAGGGAAGUGGACUCACUCUUGAUUUUCUGGACUGGAGAACUCAGACUCCUUCAUAGAGCAGAAUUUAAGGAGAUUAUUUGUUGGGAACCACACAGACCUGCAGAGAUGAAGAGCAGAGGUGAGUCAUUUUACUUAAACCUCGACUGACGCUUUUUAAUCCUUUAAUUCUGGUCUUCACGUCGUUUCGUGAUUGUUGACUUGAUUCUUCUCGAACAUCGCCCAGAGCCAAAAACGUGAGUUGCAUGAGAAGCAUCUGCAAACACUUGAGGAACUAUAGGAGGAUCUUAAAGGAUGAUUUGUAGAAAGUGUUAAAUUCUCUCAUCUGUCUGUGGAAACGAAACCUAAAGAGACCCCACAUCCUGACUGCAGGUACAGGUGGUUUCAGACUGUGGCUCCACGUCUUUCUUUCUGUCUAUCUGUGAAGUUUUACUUUUGUUUUGGAUGUAAUGGUUACAAUACCAAAACUGUUUGUCUCUUUAACCCAAGUGGAGAUACCUGUGAGUUCAGGUACCUCCUCAACAGGUGUUCAGCAUCCAUUUACAGAACAGCCAAUCACUGUUGAGCUCCUGCUGAAAAACUACAAAUAAGUGAAAUGCUCCACAGACUGAAUUUUGACACAAAGAUGAAGAAUUAGUAAAGCAACAAUGCAUAAUUGUAUAUUUUUUAGUAUGUAUUAGGGCUGGGCGAUAAUUUAUUUCCCUUAAUAUUGAUAUGAAAUAUGGUCAAUAUGCUUUUCAAUAGUUGGCCUUCUUCCAUGUUUUGGUUGACUUUACGAAUAGCUUCUUGUUGAAUCCAUCAUGUGCUGAAUUAGAACCAAGUAGCAAACAACUGUCAUAGCAGGCAGCAGCUACAUGCAACCAUAGCACUUAAACAUGUGAAGCCGACAGCGCUGUAGGUGAGAAAUAAAAAAGAUAAUGAGUGCUACCCUGGCAGAAAUGCAGAUGAAGGCUCAACAGAUGAAGACAUUGUCGACAAAACUGGCACGAAAACAUUGGUGGUGUGGAGGUGUUUUGGUUUUUGAGGUCGGACAUGAAGCAGAGUAACGUGCAAAUUAUGUCGAGUACAUGUUCUCGAAAAGUCGGGGAUACCUCAAAUCUUUUUUACCACCUGAAGCAGCGCCACACGGCAGAGCACACGCAAUGCGAAAGGUUACAAACCCUGAGUGGAGCAAGGAGCUCAUGGCGCCUGUGCAGCCGAAACAGACCAUUCAGUCCGCUUUCUCUAGCGCAACCCUUUUACGACAAAACGUCAAAGAGACACAAAGACCUCACAGAUGCAGUAGGUUAUUGUGCUGCUAAAGACAUACUACCAAUAAACACUGUUAAAUGUCAUUUUUUAUAUCCUGAUAUAUAUCGAUAUCGACUCAUAUGAAAAAAACAUCUCGUGAUAAACUUUUUCCCAUAUCGUCCAGCCCUAGAACUCUACAUUUAGAUAUCUCGUUAAAGGUCCUAUCCAAGUUGUCAAUGGGCCAAAUUCUAAUAGUCAUCUUUAAGUGUGAUCUUUUUAUUCACUUACAAAAAAAAUAAGUGAAUAAGAAAAAUAGAAAAGAAAGAAAAAAAAAAAGAAAGACAGUGACUCUUUAGGCCCCUAGGUCAGGGACAAAUGCUCAGCAGAUACUGCCCUUGUUUGUAGCAUGCAGGGGUCGAAAAAGUAGCAUACUAAUGUACUGCACUGAAGUAGAAAUUACAUUUUAUUCACAUACGAGUAAACUGCCCAUCUGUGAAUCUAAAUAAAUAAAGUAAAUGGAUCUCCAUUUUAACUUUACUUACAGGAAGUGGAGUUAAGUCAAAAAAUGAGCCUCAAAAUUCUGCAAAAGCACAUUUUCUAAGGUCAUUGCAGAGCGGCAUAUUCAUUCCCUUUCCUGGAAAAAUGUGACACUCAAACCUUUGAGGGCUCAUGUUUGAGUCAGCUCGUAAUGAUCUAAUCACUGUAAAUUUUCUUUGGCAUGCGGACAGGUUGAGUACAACGCUAAAACAAAUGAUAAAGUAGGUCCUGCUGUGUAACCUGUUGUGUGUUUAAUGCAUAAGAAACAGGUGUUCAGUGGGAGCCCAUAAAUCAGCCUGCACAGGGGCUUCAAGUGUGUUUGUAAAGGAGUUUUCAGCGUACAUGUCCCGCUGAUAGGUUUGAUGUUUGAUGAGGUCAAACAACCAGCAAACAGACAAAAUAUCUAAUAAUAAAAAUGUGAGCGUUAACUUUCUUUUAGACCACAGUUUUAGAGCAGAAUUCCUCUCAUGUAAACUGAACCCUUACACAACAUGGAUCUUGCCUGACUUCACUGUAAGGUCUUGUGAUGUCUCAGAUGUAUAUCAUAAUUCGGUCUCAGAGCAGCUUGUUAUUGUAAGAUGCUUUGCUAGCCUGGAAGAAUCCCCGUCCUAGUUUUCAUAGAUUCAUUAUUUCCUUUUCUCGUCUUUUGGGAUUUUGGUUCUGGACCCACUGCUGCUGCGCAAAACAUUAUAAUCCGACACAAACGUCUCCAACAUCAAGACAAAUAAAUGCUCUGAUCUCACAGGAAAGAGACCAACAAAAACUCGAUUUGUAAUUCAGAUAGCUGAGAAUAAGAGGAUUUAAUGAUAACUAUCAACCUUGAAACAACAAAUCUUUAGUAUUAAUGAAAAGGUCUCAUCCGACCCAAGGGGAAAGUCCUGACUCCCAGAGCAAAGACCCCGGUGUUCCAGCACAGCUGCUAUCUCUGAAAACUCUGAGUAACCUCAAGAAAACAUCUCUCUGAGGGAUCACUCCCUGAAAACAGAUUAGUGUUUGUGAAGCCUUUUAUGGUGUGUGCCUCAAGGAUGUUAGACAACACAACCAUGGCGUGAACCACUUAUGGAGAGUCGACCAGAAACCACGUUUAUGAAAUAACCAGGAAUUCUGUUCGGAACCCUCAAGAGUCAAAGGACAUGUCUUUUACAGUAAGCAACAUUUGGGGUUCAUAAAACGAGUAAAAUUCACAAAAAGUGGGAUUAAAGCUCCUGUGGGGGGGUUUUGACCUUUAAAGGGAUAUUCCGGCGUAAAAUUAAUUUAGGAUCAGACACACCGGAACACCGAGUUAGACACCCCCCCUCGAGAGAUGAAGUUUGCCGACUGCUUGCUUCUCUAGUUAUACCAACUUUAGUAAUGAACAUACACGAGCAAUACACAGCGGUCUGAGGAGCCAUAAACAAACCUCAACCAAAACGCCGCUCUAUAGCCACAAAUAAUGCUCAGAACAGCACCUAACUUCAUCAACAGGACAUAUAGGGUCACAGCCACAGUACUAGACACCAAACAUCUUUUUAACUUUGACUAAUUUCUUUAGCAAAGAGCCUAAACACAACUCACCCACUUUCUUCCAGCAGCCGCUUGUUUGUGGUGAGACCUUGGGCCAGUCCAUUAUGAACUACAGCGGGGUGACGCAGCUCAAGGAAGAACAUUUAUGAUCAUUUCUUUUUCAUUACCUUGAAGUAAUAAUCAUCAUCAUAAUCAUUUUGCAUUGCAGACGCAGUAGUUCUUCUUCCUCAGUGUCUCGGUCUGAUUGCAUAAUGAAGAAUGAUCAUAAAUGUUCUUCCUUGAGCUGCGUCACCCCGCUGUAGUUCAUAAUGGACUGGACUGAGGUCUCGCUACGAACAAGCAGCUGCUGGAAGAGAGUAGGUGAGUUGUGUUUAGGCUCUUUGCUAAAGAAAUUAGCCAAAGUUGAAAAGAUGUUUGAUGGCUUGUGCUGUGGCUGGGACCCUAUAUGUCCUGUUGAUGAAGUUAGGUGUUGUUCUGAGCAUUAUUUGUGGCUAUAGAGUGGCGUUUUGGUUAAGGUUUGUUUAUGGCUCCAUAGACCGCUGUGUAUUGCUGUCGUGCGGUCGUUACUAAAGUUGGUAAAACUAGAGAAGCAAGCAGCAAAAUUCAUCUCGAGGGGGUGUCUAACUUGGUGUUACGGUGUGUUUGACCCAAAAUUAAUUUCACACUGGAAUAUCCCUUUAAGAAAUAGACUCAAAUUCAGAUUAAUGCCUUUCUAUGAUAUAAAAAAGACCAUGAGGAGCUUCAUUUGGUGAUGUUUGUAUCAUUAGUUUUUCAUGUUUUGGUGCUGCCUUAUUACAAAAAAUCCCUCGUAGGAGCUUUAAAUACUCCACCUUAGUUCAUAUUGAUCAGACAGUACAAACUGUAGACUCAUUAUGAUAUUUUAAUGUCAUUAUUUUACAAUACAAAGCAGGAGGUUUGUUUCUCUUUGUUUUACAACCAUCUAAUACACCAACAGGCCACUCAUGAGAUGGUAAAUAGACUUAACGUGCGUGUUUAUAGCCGCUUUGUGACCACUCAUCUCAGGUCAACAUUGACACACACACACGUUCAAACACUGAUGAAUGAACUCUUCUCGGUACCCGCUUAUCAGAAUCUCAUCAGCGCACACACAUCUAAUGAUGACGGCACAGCGACCUCUUUGCACUCACGCUCCAACCUUCGACACGUGGAUCUCUGCAGCUGCACUCUAAAAGCCAGCAGAUAUCUCGACUAUUUAUCGAGUAGUAUUUGAUAAGUGCUGUUGCUAAGAGGUGAGCGACGUUCAGCUCACAGGCAUGAAUCCUUCAGUUAAAAUCUGAUGGAGAAAUCUGGGUUUUCUAACUUGGUGGGAAAAAAGUUGGUGGAACUUUAGCUGGUGUCGUCUGAAUGUCUCUGUGUGCUCAAAGUUAAGCUCUUAAAGACAAGUUUGACGAUGAUCACACAGAUGCCUCAUUUAACACCAGUGAACGAUUUGAAGAAGGCGGAUGAGUCUUUAUCUGUCAUCAUUGGCCAUCCUUGGAAAAAUAACCCUUUAUGCAGAAUACAUUCCCUAACUGUAAUUAAUACCUGCACAGAACAAGAAUGGAUGUUACGACUGCAGAGGCUGGUUCAACUGCAUAUCACUGCCUUUUGUUCACAUAGUGUGUCAGAGACUUAAAGGAAGUUAGUUGAAAAUCUAAAACUGAUACCGACGCCCUUUCAUGACCUUUAAAAGCAAAAGGGACCAUCAGCGUAAAGGCUUCUGACUUAUUUGUUGUAAUUUUUGAUUCUUGAAAGACAGAUAAUGAAGAAAACUAUUUUUCAAAUCUUGUUGCAGAAAGUAUUCCCAGUGCGCGGAAUAUGUCACCAUUAAGAGACAUCAGAAGGAGGUUUUUGUGUGAAAACGCCACUUCCACCAAGAGUGCAAAGACCUCUACAGUCUCCAAAAUUGAUCUGUUUGUUGUCAAGGUUUUGAUUCAGUUUCCUCAGAGGAAAUAGUGUCGAUAUCUGUGAUAACCACAUGCACGCUGGCAGGAAAUUUGAUCCUUUUACACCCGCAUUAAGUUUUUUUAGGCUUCUUGAUAGCAGGAACAAAAAGCUGUAAAACCACCAAUGAAAUACCAUCACCACACGGGCCGUUGACCUCGCGUGCAAACUUUCUGGUUUUCAACAUUUUCCCUUUCCUCUCUACUUCCUGAGUGAAACACCAGGCUUUUAGCAGCUUACCAACUCAUCACCAACCACGGGUUUAUCUGCAAUCCUUCUAGGACUGCAUUAGAUCAACAGAACUGCGAAUACCACCAGGCCAUGAUGGCAGGUGUGGUCAGAAAUCCAGUAUUUCCCAAAGUGAAGGAUGUCCAUGAAAACAUCUUCUCUGCUUGAUGUUUUAUUGCCCUGCAUCUGCUUAAUGUGCAUAGCUCCCCAUUGUUUUCAAGGCUAUGAAAAAGAAAUGUUUCCUGCAGACGGAAAAUAAGGCAAAUUCCAAAAAAGACAGUAAAACACGCUGUUUAGUCUGAGAAGAAGAGAGCUCUGUGGCUUUUUUUGCAUAAGUCUGAUGAUGAUGUUGUUUUGGAAAAAGACGUUUCUUUUCUGCUGAAAUUCAUCUCUUGUUUGAAGAUGUCAUGACUAACCCCAGGGUUGUCUUAAUUUUAGGUUUAUUGAUUUUAAGUUUGUCACUACAACCACUCCUUUCAAACUGGAGUUAUCUGAUUUAUUUAACAAUGAAAGCAAACUGAAGGUUCCUUGUAAACUGUUUUCCCAAUUACCCGAAAUGUGACUCACGGCUGUUUGAUAACACAGGCGCAGGUUACCAUUAGAAAAGUGACACCCAGUUUUCUAACCGCAGUCUCGCUCUUCGCUGAAGAUACUCCCUGAAGCGUCACUACUGUUUCCUGCUGACGAAUUCACCGUAUGAACUCUGGGAGCUCUGCUACGUGUGUGUGCGUGUGUGUGUGUGUGUGUUUGACACUCAUGUAGUUGACACAAACUGCUCAGGGUCAAGAGGAACUGUUUAUAGACGACAGCAGCAACCCAAAGUUCCCAAAAAACUGGACAUCAAACUCACAUCCAAAUCGUUUCAGAUUAAAUCAACAGACUUUUUAAAUCUAAAUCAUUCAACAGGAAAACCUUGUUGAGACUGAAAACUCCUGUGUGUCCUGUUAUUGUGCUAAAUAAAGGAGAGGAAAGUAAGUGAAAGCUCCUGUGGAGAGUUUAUUGACCUUUCAGAAAUAGACUCAAAUUACUUUUUAUCAUGAAAAUCUGAAGAAACAGCCCUGUUUUUACGUUUCUUAUGUUAAAAUAUUCACAAUAACUGAGAUAUUUGACAGUCAAAAGUCAGAACGAUGAGAUUUAUUUGUCAGAGGACGUUACUUAAAAAUGCAGAGGACAAGGUAAGUAAAGAGUGUCUGAGAGCUACUGCAGUUUUGGCGUCCCUGCAUGUGUAGUCAAACCUCUGCUAAUGAUUCAAAAAAGCAGCAACCCAAAACAGCAUGCCACUCUGCUGUUCAUCUUUCUUCACUAGCUUCUAGUAUCCAAGUGCAUCAAAUAUAGAGCUCUACUUCUUGUCUACAAUAAUGCAACUAAAUCAGCUCCUGUUUACCUGCAGUCCUUUAUGCAGGUCUACAUUCCCAACGAAAUACACCUGGUGCUUCCAUCACAAUAUUUGAUUGGUGUUUUACUCAAAUUAAAAAAAAAAAAAAGAAAAAAGAAAAAUAUUUGCCAUCUCAUGAUAAAUGUGAUAAAUAAAGGUUGAUGACGUAAGUGCGGGCGAUAGACUUGCAGCCAUAGCCCACAGAAUAACAAACAAACAUGGCUGAAGGUAAUGAAGACGUUUCUGAGCAGCUUGUUACUGAACGAGGCUCCACAUGAGGGAUUCCCUUCAAGAUCGGGGUUUAGAUGAGUGCAAUCAGGUAUGCCUGACAUCGGACGGUGGAUCUGCUGCUGUUCACUCUGAACAAUAAGAGUUUUCAACAAAUGCUAAAAUUGUUUUCACAUUUGAAACUCGUUCGAUGUCACUAGUUUUCUCCAUAACCCACCAUUCAAACUUGUGGUUAAGUAUCUUAUUUGACUAUUCCAACUGGUGUCCUCAAGACAAAAUGAGUCAAAAAUAUAGAUUGGAAUUAUAUUUUUUUAUCGGGACUUUUAUCGCCAGAGUGGCAAAUCUUACCGUGACAAAUUUCUAAGCCCAUAUCGCCCAUCCCUAAUGACCAAUAACAUUUAUAGCAGUUUUUGGUUCUUACUUGUGUUGUACUUGCUCUCAAAUCGGCAUAACUUUGAACAAACUUGGCUUCUAAAUGAUAUUAGAACAUCAUAAAUAAGGAUAUCCCCGUGAUUUAGUCUACGCAGGCCAGCCAACUUGAGCAUAAGUAAGAGACUUUGUGAUGAAGCUCAAAGCUUCAAAGUGAAACAGUCUUUUGAAACUGCAACCAUUGAUAUGACACAUACAAAUAUAGAUAUCACCAUGGUCUAAUCAGAGGCAUAAAAUUAGCAGCAAAAGAAAGAACUUCAUUUAUGAAACAGAAACUGCAACUUCUUUAUGAGACAGUGAAUCAUUGAUAAAGAAUCUUAGAAGAAACCGUCUCGAUCACUUUUACACUCAGACAGAGCAGAAGGUGGCCGGUUGACGCUCUUUUAUUUGAUUAAAUUUAGUCUUUGACCCCGACACAAGUUCACAAAAAAACAGCUUUUAAUUCAUCUGAAGUUUCUGUGAAAGAGAACCACAACAUUCUUCUCAAGUGUCGUAACACCUCUGGCUUCGAUCCAUAUCUGAUGUAAGUGGAAGUGUUGAAACCAGCUUCCUUCAUUAAACACAUUUCCUCUUUUUCACUUCUGCUCCCUUCAUCUGCAGCUACAUAAUGUUCCAGUGAUGUGCAUUGUUGGCAACAUCUCAGCCUCUCAAGACAUUCAUGGGAAAAAGCUGCUGAGGGGACGGACCUGCGGGGAGAGGACAGCUGUCCACCAGGAGAGAAUGAAGGAGACUGUGUACUUGGUGUGGAAUAGAAGAAAUGACAGCUCCAUCUGAAGUUAGAUGAACUUUUUUUCCAGCUGAUUGAGGCGAGCAGGUGUGGAGAAGUUGCAACAGCUGUUUGGGAUUCUGGUGGAUGCUUCUGAAAGUGUCGGAGGUGAGGAGGCUGGGCGCAGCAGGUUCCAGGCUGCAGCUAUGGUCGUUGAGGCGAGGUUUCCUCCUUCCUCAUCACUGACCUUCCCGUUCGUCUCACCAUGUCCGACUCCUCCGCCUCCUCCAUCAUCUACAUCAUCCUGGAGCUGCUGAUCGCUGUGUUCUCCGUUCUGGGCAAUGUGCUGGUCUGCUGGGCCGUGUGCCUCAACAGCAACCUGCAGAGCAUCACCAACUUCUUCGUGGUGUCUCUGGCGGUGGCGGACAUCGCUGUGGGCGUGCUGGCCAUUCCCUUCUCCAUCGUCAUCAGCAUCGGUUUCUGCUGCAACUUCUAUGGCUGCUUGUUCAUCGCCUGCUUCGUGCUGGUCCUCACCCAGAGCUCCAUCUUCAGCCUCCUGGCCAUCGCUAUUGACCGCUACAUCGCAAUCAAGCUGCCACUCAGGUAAGACGACUUUUAGUCUUUUACAGCAAGUGUUCCUGCAGCUACAGAGGUAGUGUGUCAAUAUAUUGUUUUCUUACAUACAAAGCAAACAAACAUGCCCAAUUGGACUAACAUUUUCUCCAGUCUAUUACACUUCCUUUCAUUUUAUAAUAUGUAAAGUAAGAACAUUUAAACAAUGGAUGUCACAUAUCCUCAUAUUCCACAAGAUCUACCAAUAUCAGUUUCCAGUUGUCCAAGUAAAUGUGUUAAUAUUAUUAAGUAAUUUGAGUUGACUAAUAAGCUUUCAUUUCAUUUAUUCAGGGUUAUGCAUUUGUUAAAGUCAAUAGGAUGCAAACCAAAAGUUCAAUUUGUUGAAAAAAAAAAUAGAUCCUUGAAUCAUUAGAGAGAAAAAUCUGUUUAAAGUUCCACUCCGAUCGUUUUUUUUUUUACUACUUAAAGUGCUCUCAGUGGUCUUUAAAUUGUAAAUAUGAAGUUUUUACCAAAAAUCAUGUUACCUGUGUCAUUUUCAAGGACUUUUCUCCUGCAGAGCUCAUCAGCAAUUCGCCUCUGAGUCGUGGGCGGAGACAGCGCUAUUCUACACACUCCUCUUUGCGCUAGCUUGUAGCCUAACAUUGCCGGUGUAGUAGAAGUAGCAGGUAACAUAGAAGCUAUUUAGCUCUCGGACAUUAAUGUCUUUAGGGACAUGAUUAAAGUUAAUAUCAUAAUUAGCUUUCUUACGUGCAUUGCAAUCUGCUAACGCACUCGCUUCUUCCGCGAUUGAGCUACUUUUCUGAGUGUGGCCUGCGUAGCGGGGCUCGGGGGGCUGAGCUUGGAGUGGUUACAUAUGAAAUCUCACUGUUUCUGAACCUGCCAGAGAUUCACAGUGAUUAGAAAUCAGAAAUACUCUGAAAAGCAAUUUCGCACUCAGUUUUCUCAUGAUAUGUCCUGUAGCAUCAGAAAAAUGCCAAAUGAACAUGUAGACAACAAGAAAAACAUGAUUUUCAUUGGAGUGGGUCUCUAAAAGCAUCAAACUUUGCAGCCUCUGCCUUUAUUCUUUCCAGUGGUGGUCUCGCUAUAACUCAAUUUUUCAUUUUUCUGUCAGUAAAGAUGUGACAUUUGAACCAAAACUUCUUGGCUAAAUGGUUUUGUCCAGAAAUGGCGUCUCCCACGAGGCUGUGUCCCCCUGGAGCAUUUAAACAAAUCUCGCUCUAAUUGCUUACACAGACUCUGUGAACCCCUCAUAACCCCCCGGUGUAAUCUAACUUUAUUACUUCACUGGAAAAACACAGAGACCAUUAGACUGUUGAUGUAAAAUGUCCACUUAGAUUAAGCAUUUCAAUCUGCUUAGUGUAUGUGCAGACAUGUACGCCAUAAAGUGAAAGGCUGAGAAGCGCUGCGGCUCACUUUGUGGCGUCACCAUGGUAACGGACCAAAUCUCUGAGUCACUUUGAGCUCGAUUCUCCUGAUUCGGGGAGUCAAACCUCUCCUAAUGCAGACAGUACGUGAGAUUUUCUCAGUGUUGUUUUUGCAGCAUUAACCUCUGCACUUUAACAUCUCAAGAAUGUGAUCGAAACGAGCCAAAUAUGUCAGCUGCUCUCCCACACUGCGCUACAGGCGCACUCAAAAUAGACGCUUCCUUUGAGGAACCCUGAAAGACUUUGUUUGUUUAUCCUUUUCUCUUUUAGUUCCGGGAUGAAAAGGCACUUCUGAGCAAAUUAUGAGUUAAAGAAAACCUCAUGAAAUUCUUAUGAAGAAGGAUUUAAUACUCUGUAGGGCUGCUCGAUUGUGGAGAUAUUAUAAUCACAUGAUUUCGAUGGUUGAAUUAUUGAUUUGGCAACAUCUGAAUAUCAUGAAUUUAAAUUAAAACAUUUUAAAUUCUUGAAUGUUCAAAACACAUCUGGAAAGUACAAAAGAGGAUUAGGGCCACAUGAAGAAUAAUCAAAUUAAUAACAGGAAGAAGAUUUUUUAAAUUUCCAUUUCGAGAUUAAAGUCAAAAUAAAAAAAUUUAAAAAUCCAAAUUUCCACUUUAUUCAUGUCGACUUUAAUGUUGAAAUAAAGACAUGUAUCUCAUUUAUCUAAGAAAGAGGAUUAGGGCCACAUGAAAAGUAAAAAAAAAUUACAGGAAGAAGAUUAAAGUCAAAAUGUAGAAAUUAAAGUCGAAAUUUUGAGAUUAAAAUAUUUAAAUAAUGUCAAAGAAGAAGAAAUUUUGGGAUUAAAAAAUCAAAAUUUCAUUUUAAGUCAAAAUUUCAAGAUUACAAAAUGUUGAAAUGUCAUGAAUAAUGUUGAAAUUUUAAGAUUAAAAAAAUUAAAAUUUUAGAUUAAAGUCGAAAUUUUGAGAUUAAAAUUGGAAAUUUUGAGAUUAAAUUGGAAAUUUCGAGAUUACAAGAAGUCGAAAUGUCAUGAAUAAUGUUGAAAUUUCAAGAUUAAAAAAAUUUAAAAUUGAGAUUAAAAUCAACAUGAAUAUAUUUGAAAUUUCGACUUUUUAAAAUUCUGACUUUAAUCUCGAAACAGAAAUGAAAAAUCUUCUCUUAAUUUUUCUUUUCUUGUGGCCCUAAUCCUCUUUCAUAGUAAAGCCCGACCCUCAUUGGCUAUCUGCUCAUAAUUAUGACAGCCUCUCUCCUCAUGCUCACCUCGCCCCUCUGCUUUACUAACACACAUCUCUUCUCGCUCUACCUGUGGCUGCACCAGUGGUUGUUGAAGAUGAUAUUUGAUGCAUAAUGUCUCCUUCCUCAGGUACAACAGCUUGGUGACAGGAGAGCGGGCUCGAGGCAUCAUCGCCAUCUGCUGGGUUCUCUCCAUCAUCAUCGGUCUGACCCCCAUGAUGGGCUGGCACAAGCUGACCGAGAGUGACAAGAAAACCUGUCCUCCAAACCUGGUCAAGUGCCUGUUUGAGGAGGUGGUGGUCAUGGAUUACAUGGUGUACUUUAACUUUUUUGGCUGUGUACUGAUUCCCCUGCUGCUGAUGCUGGCCAUCUACCUGUGCAUCUUCAUGGCGGCCCGUCACCAGCUCAAACUGAUGGAGGUGAAAGCCCUUCAUGGAGAGAAGUCGCGCUCCACGCUGCAGAAAGAGGUCCAGGCUGCGAAGUCUCUGGCCAUCAUUGUGGGGUUGUUUGCGGUCUGCUGGCUUCCUUUGCACAUCAUCAACUGCUUCACCCUCUUCUGUCCGCAGUGUGCACGUCCUCCUGCUUGGAUCAUGUACGUGGCUAUUAUUCUCUCCCACACCAACUCUGUGAUCAACCCCUUCAUCUACGCCUACCGCAUUAGGGAGUUCAGGCAAACCUUCAGAAGGAUUAUCUGGCGCAACAUCCUGGGCCGUCAGGAGCGGUUUGAUAGGGACGGGAGAGUGCGCAGCUCCACUUACAACAGCAUCACUGACUCCAUCAGACUCAAAGCGAACAGCCUCAGUAUCGACCUUUUCACCGAUCACAGCAGCAACAGCAGCGAGAGCGGCCCCGCUCACAUCUCUCAUGUAGGGGGCGGCCUGGUGGCGGUAUCCCACCCUCCUCUAUCGGUGGUUAUUUCCCACUGUCCGUUGCACGCCCUCAGACAGACUCAGUUCCCCAUUGGUGAUCAUCUGGACUUCACGGAGCAGCAGCAGCAGCAGCGGGACUGUGCUGGACCAGAAUCUGUGGAGGAUAAGGGCAAAGAGAAUCUCAGCUCGGCUCAGCUCGCGUCACUGUUAAACAAGCGGAUAAAAAAGAGCGGCUUCAGCGAGCUGGAGAAAGUGUCCUGACACACGUGUAUGUGGACUCACACUUAGUCAUUCUUCAAUAAAACGCCUGUAUCACCUCUGUAAAAGGAGUGAAAGGAGCUGCGAUGGGAAGGAAAACACUGUAAACAGACAAAGAGCAUAUCACUGAGCCUUUUCAACACAAGGGACUCUGAGGAGUUAUUUAAUUCAGGUUAAUUUAAACUCACACUUUACGUCUUAUUUCUCUGUUAUUGGACCAAAGGGGAUGUGCUAGACCAAGACCAGAGCACUUUGAAUGAAUCUGCAGCCAUGACAUCAAAUCUGAAGAAAAGGCAAGGGUUUAAACUCACUGUAAAAGUUCUGAUGAACUUUAAACCAUCAAAUUCUGGUUUUCACCGAUCAGCUCAACAAAGACCAUUCUUAUUAAACUUUGUUUGUUUUUGUCUUUCUUCUGCCCCAAAAUGUCUCCAAUUUAGAAAUUUCCAAUUCCUCUCUCUGCAUCUCCCUCUCUUCACCCAAUGCAGUAGCAGUAGAUGGCUGUCCAACGUGAGUCUGGUUCUGCUCAGGGUUUCUGCCUGUUAAAGGAAGUUCUUCCUCUUUACUGUAACUUACUGAAUGCUGCAAAGUUUUUCACUCAUGUGGUUUAAGAUGGGUAAUAGACAGCUUCUAGACGUCUAGUUUUUUCAGACCUAAUUUUAACCGUCUAGACUGCGUAUUUUUAGACGAAAUUUAGACGUUGCACUUUAACCCAUUAUUUGAUAACCAUUUAUUUCAAAAAGCAACUAUGAGUUACAAAACUGAUCUCCAAGUACUUAAAAAAAUAAUUAUGAUAACCGUUGAGCAAUAUAAAGUUAGACCUCUGUUAGCCGGCGAGUCUGAACUAGGUCUAAAUUUAGACGUCUAAAAAACUUUAAUUUUUAGACCUGUGGUAGCCUGAUUUUAGACCAGUUGUCUUGGCUACAUUUAGACGUCUAUUAGACCUCUUUAGACCAAAAAAUGCUCAGUGGGAUCCUGUCUUUACAUUGGCUCUUUGUAAACAGAGUUUGGUCAAGACCAGUUUUUUUUUUCCAAGCAUCUCAGGUUAACACUUAUUGUGAAUUGACACUAUAUAAAUAAAGACAGAUUGAUUGAUUUGGCCUCUACGUCAUUUUUGCCCCUUUUAAAAGGAAACUCUGCAAAGUUGAAAUGUUGUGCCUUUGUGACUUGACUGUGCGCUUAUUUAAGUCAUACAAUUGUAACUGUGGACUGCUGGGAUGGAUUUAUGGAUGAAUGUAAAUGCUGAUAAUUCUUCUUCUUUAAAAAGUAAAUAUCUUGAAUCCACUGCACUUAUUCCCUUUUGUAAAAAUCUGUCUUAAAAUAAACCCUUCACACAUUUUUAAA